UUAAGUUGGCUCUUUUUGUUCUUGACGGCUGGUUUUCUUUCUAAUUUCUUGUUGCUGUUAAGGAGCAUAAACGAUGAUGUCUCUUAACUGGGGCUCUCCGUCGACAGUUAUGGGAGUAGUAUUGCAACUCAAAAUGAAUUCAAAUCGUCUCAAGGUUUUGGCAGCUGGUAGCAAUGGUGAGUUUCCGCCAUUUCUUCCCAAACAGGUAGAGAAAAUCAAGGAUCCUUUCGCCAGAUCUUUGGCUAAGAGAAUACAGAGGCUCCCAGUUCAGAUGGAUUUUCCAGAUAAAUGUAUUAUGAGUAGCUGUAUUAAACCAGUGAUACAGAGUAAAAACAGUCCACUGGUUCUCCUCCAUUGCUUUGACAGCUCUUGUUUAGAAUGGAGAUGCUCAUACCCUUUGCUUGAGGAGGCUGGUUUGGAGGCCUGGGCAGUUGAUAUUCUUGGAUGGGGCUUUUCUGAUUUAGUAGAAAAUCGUCCACCAUGCGAUGUUGCAUCUAAGCGUUAUCACCUCUAUCAGUUUUGGAAGUCCUACAUCAAAAGGCCAAUGAUAUUAGUCGGACCAAGUCUUGGCGCCUCUGUUGCAAUUGAUUUUAGUGUCAAUUAUCCAGAAGCUGUCGAAAAGCUGGUUCUCAUCAAUCCAAAUGCGUACGCUGAAGGAACAAGACAUCUAGCAAAGUUACCAAAAACAAUAGCCUAUGCAGGGGUUUCUUUGUUGAAAAGCAUUCCACUUCGCCUUUACGCAAAUGCCAUGGCUUUCAAUGGCAUUUCAUUCUUUACAAUCUUAGAUUGGACUAAUGUUGGGAGAUUACACUGUAUGCUGCCAUGGUGGGAGGAUUCAACUGUUAGUUUUAUGUCUAGUGGAGGAUAUAAUGUUAUAUCCCAAAUAAAACAGGUAAAGCAUAGAACUCUUAUCAUAUGUGGUGAAAAUGAUCAGAUAGUCAGCUACAAGCUUGUAGUGAAGUUACAUUCUGAACUAGCGAAUGCAAUAAUGCGACAAGUAGCAGACUCAGGUCAUCUUCCUCAUGUCGACAAGCCCACUUGUGUUGCAAAAUUAAUUGCAAGUUUUGCUCUUUGUGACGAACCAUUUAGAAGCCAAUUAUUGAUCACUAAAUAAAAUAUUACAUAUUGUAGUAGAAUAUGCCAAUUGAGUUCAUUUUGGCUCAUAAAAAUAUUAUAAAUUGUAAUAUUAUAUGCCAUUGAGUUCAUUUUGACUCAAUGCUAUUAUAUGCAUAAAGUUCAACCCCAUUCCAUCGCAACAUCGCAUUGGCUUUUUAUAGAUGUUUGACUGUUAAAAGCAGAAUGGUAUUUUUGCUGAUCCAAUUACCUCUGCGCCAUCAGAGAUGGUAAGUUUCCAUUAUACUGAUUGGAGGUUCUUCUCCACCUGAAAUCAUUGGGU